AUGGGAAGAAUAAUCAAGAAGGAACUUGAUUUUCAAGCUACCAAUAGAAUUUCUGUAAAGUAAAUCUGGAAAUAGUCAGUCCUCCAUUAAUCAUCCUUUAAAAUUCAUAAAAAAAAUAAACAAUUUCUUGAAGAUCAUAUUUACCUCAAAACCAAACAGGACCUUAAGAUGCUAAAUUUUCCGAUUCUCCAUUAAUACAAAUUCCUCCCAAAUGAGUUUUCUUAAAGACUUGGCAGAAACCCUAAGCUCGAUCUUCUCUGAUACUCCAUCAUCGCCUUCGUCUCUGAACCAUCCUCAGGAGAACUCCGGUGAUCGGACGAUGGAUGGCGUUGCCACCGGGAACGAACGCACGGCGUAUAAGCUGAAAGGCUACUUUGAAUUGGCCAAAGAAGAGAUCGCCAAAGCUGUUAGAGCUGAAGAAUGGGGCUUGGCUGAUGAAGCAAUUGCACAUUACCAUAAUUCUCAAAAGAUACUCGCCGAAGGCAUUUCUACUCCGGUUCCUUCCUAUAUAGCUUCUAGUGAACACGAGAAAGUGAAAUCAUAUCGUCAAAAGAUAUCAAAAUGGCAGUCUCAAGUUUCAGACAGACUUCAGACUCUAAGUCGGCGAGCAGGUGGCACACCUUCAGUCAAGCAGUCAGAACCACAAUCCCAAAGAGUGGCUGUUUCACAAUCAAGUUCGUCUGCUCGAAAAGGAGCAUCUCUAUCUGCACCUUCUUCAGGGAAAGUCAGCUCUGCUACGAGGGUUCCAAGUAAUAGAAUAUCAAGUCAUAAACCUUCACAGGAAUCUGCCACUGCUGAUGGGUCUGAUCCAAAGUUGGUUGAGAUGAUAAAUUCUGUAAUUGUGGAUAGAAGCCCGUCUGUUAAAUGGGAAGAUAUUGCUGGCCUUGAAAAGGCAAAGCAAGCUCUUUUAGAGAUGGUAAUUCUACCAACCAAAAGAAAGGACCUCUUCACUGGCUUGAGAAAGCCUGCUAGAGGUCUACUUCUUUUUGGCCCACCAGGUACUGGAAAAACCAUGCUUGCCAAAGCAGUAGCAUCAGAGUCACAAGCAACCUUUUUCAAUGUGUCUGCUUCUUCGUUAACAUCAAAGUGGGUCGGAGAGGGUGAAAAGCUUGUCAAGACAUUGUUCAUGGUUGCCAUUUCCAGGCAGCCAUCUGUAAUUUUCAUGGAUGAGAUAGAUAGUAUUAUGUCAACUAGGACUACCAAUGAGAAUGAAGCAAGCAGAAGGUUGAAGUCAGAGUUUCUAGUUCAGUUUGAUGGGGUGACAUCAAAUUCCGAGGGCCUGGUAAUUGUAAUUGGUGCAACGAAUAAGCCACAGGAGUUGGAUGAUGCUGUUCUAAGGAGAUUGGUGAAAAGAAUAUAUAUACCUCUACCUGAUGCUAGUGUUAGAAGACAACUUCUGAAACACAGACUAAAGGGGAAAGCUUUUUCUUUGCCUGGUGGAGAUCUAGAACGACUGGUGAGAGACACAGAAGGGUAUUCUGGAAGUGAUCUUCAAGCCUUAUGCGAGGAGGCUGCAAUGAUGCCAAUCAGAGAGCUUGGUGCUAACAUUCUCUCUGUCCAGGCAAAUCAGGUGAGGGGUUUAAGAUAUGGAGAUUUUCAGAAGGCCAUGACAGUGAUUAGGCCUAGCCUGCAAAAGAGCAAGUGGGAGGAGCUUGAAAAGUGGAAUCAAGAGUUUGGUGCAAACUAAAGGCUCGACUCUUGAACAUUCUAUGCAAUCUCAAGUAAGCUAAAACAAAAGUUCACGACAGGCCAGCAGAUGAUAAAUUUGUUUCUUGGGCAGAUCAGCAUCCUGACUGUACGUGUACAUACUUAAGAAUUUAAAUUUGAUUAUUAGCCAAAAUUUGGAGUAUAUAAUUCUGAGGGAAUCAUGUCUAGAUGAUCACGACAUGUGUUCUGUGGUUCCCCGUUAUGUGUAGACGUUUGUAUAGGAAUUGACAGUUGAAUACACACUUUUGUUGUAGUGAUGAUGCUCUUAGCUCUUCCUACACUUUACCAUCAAAUAAAUUCAUUUACGAAGGGAGUGUGAUGUAUAACCUCCUCUAUGACAUGAAGCUAUAUAGAAGAGGGUGAUUUUUGAAA